AUGGGUUGGGAUCAGAUAAAUUUUGAAUGUGUUGGCAGUUUGAAUGCGGAGAUGGCCACUUGCCUCGUAAACAGCAAUUUACACAGCUGUUCCACGUACUGGGAGACGCCAGUGAAUGGCACAUUCCCAAUAGAUCUGAUAUUCAACAUCCCGCCAUCGAAAAUAGGAUUCAUUGAAAUGAUAGCCCAUGAAUUCAAAGUACCCUCUAAGGUAGUUGUGUUCAUUACAAAUUGUGAUCGGUGGGAACCCAUUGGGUUUUUCGAGUUCAAUGGCAGUUUUAGACCCCAAUCUAACCAUCAAAGAGAAAUGAAACACGUCUAUUUGCCACUGACAGACCAUUUUUACACAUGUUUCAAACUCAAAUUUUAUUCACCAAGGAAGAGCACCUCAAAUAUAGAUAAUCAAGUGGCUAUAUGUGGGCUGCGUGUCUGGGGCGUGUUACAAAAUGAAGGUGUGAUAUCGCUACUACCAAAUGAUCAACCAAUGAAAUAUGAAGAUUUAAUCGAUUCUGAUAGUACCAAAUUAUUGCCAGAUACUACGGGGGAUGUCGCCAAAUUCAACCAGUCCAAUACAAAACUAAAGGCGUUGAGGGAUUCUAUCCUGGAGCUAGACCAAAUAAGUAUGCUAAUCGAGAAUGAGGAACAAUUAAAUAUACACAAAGCAUCGACGUCAUGCAACAUAACAAGCGGUUCCUACUCCAGCGAUUCCAGUUAUCCUCCACUGCCCAAUUCCAAUUCAAAAUAUGAUCAAACAAAGCAACCCUAUCACACCACCCCUUCUACUGAAUUUGGUAACCGUAAAGUCGAGCGUGACUUAUCCUCGUACAUUGGGUACGAAAAGACGAUUAUAUCCCUCGAAAAUACCUGCCAGCCGUAUAUUAUAUCAAUAGUCGAGGUUGACCCCAAUGUUAAUCCUUUGGACGCAUCCAACGUCUCCACAUCUCUAAAUGAUCUGAUUGGACACUUAAAAGAUGAACUGUCCGUGAGUAAUAACAGUAUAUCAACCGCAAAUGACAUAACAAGUGUAUUAAACGCUACCAAUAACGAUUUACCCACGCAGAAUAGCAAACCUGUUGCCACCAAUACUAGUCCAAUUAACAACGUACAUUAUAUUUCAACCCAUGCCGAUCGUGAUAAUACAAAUCUUAUAAAACGGAAGCUCCCAAUCGAUUUGAAAAAUUUGGAAUCUUCGUCGGCGAAUCCCGGUUCGAUUGUUGCCAGCGUCCCACAAUUGAAACGCAAGGAUUCACUCGUAGAUAACAAUUUUACUGUGAACGAUAAAGAGAAGCUUUCUACCGCUGAGUUUUUUGAGGAUGUAUCUAUUUCACAUGAAAAAGAUGUGAUUAAUUUGGCAAAUCUUUCAGAUUUGGAGACCAGAACAAAUGUGCUGAACGAAGCAAGCGCAGUUAGUAGACAAAACAUGUACAAAUAUAAUGUAAAAACGUGCAGCACUGAUGUUUACUCGCCAAUUGAAGCAAAAUCUCAAAUGCUAUAUACAAAGGAAACAGUGGAUACGUCAAUAGAUCAACAAAAUUAUACAAACUGUUAUCCGUUUGAAAAUGAUACACUCAAGGCUGAAAAAAUGGACAAAACGGCCAAAUCUACACAUGAAAAUGCCAAUUCUAUGGAUAAUUCCUGUAUCGUUUAUAAUGCCGAUGUUCUCCCCUUGAUGCCACAGGCCGUUCCACUGUCUGAUCCUUCAUUAGAAUUUAUGACCGCCAAGAAGACUACAGUUAUUGAGGUGAAUGGUAACAAAAUGGCAAUGGAUGACCACAAGCUCACAGGAUUCAGCUCAGAUAACAGUCUAAUUAAUCAUGGACCUGAGGUACAGCGAUUCGUGGGCCCACAUUCUAUCGGCCCAGAACAGUCCACUAGCGACUUCAUAGAUAACAACUUCCUUGAGGAUAUAAGGGAAGUAACAUGCGAAGUAACGGAUAUAUCCACUGAUAACGAACAAAGUGAGCUUGGUAUUUCGCACUUUAGCAAUCCAUUAUACUCAAGUAAUCAUAGCCGCCAUAGCGGUAAAUCGCUAAAAUCAAAUAUCUCGUAUGAAACGUCUGGUGACGACUACGUUAAAUCGAUACUUCUCACCCCUGCACCCUCUACUAAAAUUUUGGCCAGCGGAGAUACCGUAGACAUUCCGUUAGAUCCGUCUAUUGUCGACGGCGAACCUGAAGAGGGGUACCCUGAAGAGCGACCUAUCGCGGCAAAUAAUGAUAAUACAUUUAAUGAGUUUAUCCGUUCCAUGAUGGAAUCCCCGGAUAGCAACAUAACAUCUUGCGAUGAAUUGGAAUCGCCCCAAAUUAGACCAAGACACUCAGAUGAAUUGUAUUCGCCUUCAUCGAGAGAUUGUAUAACAGAUAGCCUAUCGGCUACUAAUAGCUAUGGUAUGGAUUACUACUUUACGCCAAAAAAGAAUAUAAACUAUGAAAGGGCUAACCGGGCACGGCUUGAGUACAUGAUUUUGCGCCCAGAAUUCGCUUAUUCAAGUCAACAAAUGCAAAUCCACCAUGAUAAUUCACUGUACUCGCCAGGUGAUGCUUCAAAUUAUGAUACGCCCAGUGUUAUGUCCAAUAGUUGCGUGGAACACCAGGAACGGCUGCAGAAAAAAUUCCAGCUACAAUAUGGCUACACAGAGGAUGAUCAAUAUUCAGUUCCCCAUCCAUCAGAUAUGGAUGUAGUUGAUUAUCCCAGCCAUAAUUGCAUUUCAAAAGUUCACACUAUGCGUACAUCAUACCCACGGACUCCAGACCACUCUCAUGGGGCGUCAUUGACUCCGUAUAGGAGGGAGCCCAGUGUGGGUUAUGGCGAUGGACAGGAAGCUAGGGACAUGGGACACCCGUCCAACAUACGCAUAUCCAACCUUUCUUAUAGAACUCCCACACCUAAAAAUGGCUAUAGUCAUAAUACGCCAAUUUACAAUAGGGGAAAUUUGACACCACUAAGUCAUAGUAGUUAUGAAAUUGACCACACUCCUAGAGAAAAUAUGCAACAUAUACACACUCCAUCCAACAAGUUCAAAAAUUGUGGCACCAUAGCCAGUUCUAACCUAGUGGCAGAUAGGUACGACAAGUUGUACUCAAUUGACGCGUUGCGUUCACCAUUGUCUGAGCGAUUUGACUACAUUAAAAUGGGUGACCAGAGCGGCAGGUUGUCUAGCUUCCCCAACGAGGAGAUAAUAGUUUCAAAUGUAUUUGGGAGGGAGAUGCAACAGCUCGUCUACUCUACACGCAGGGGGAGUAGGUUUAUGGCCAUUGAUAAUUUGAUAGAGGCAUACAAGGGCCAUGAGCGUAGUAGCAUCGCACAUAAGGCUCUUGGACUUAUUGUAGCCAGAUCAAUUUGCGAUUCAUCAUUUGAAAUUGCAGAACGGGCCCUUCAAGUGUUGGAUGAGCUGGAACUUACAUAUAAUUUAUCUCAAAGCUUCUAUCGACUUGUCAUUCAAGCGUUAGUUGCCAGAAUUGGCGCUAUACCGAGCAACAUAUCGGACAAGUGCGAGGAUAAGAUAAGGAAACUCUCGUAUUCUGGCAUGUUUAACGACAUAAUUGAACAUUUUCUACACUGUACAUGA